CCGAAUCAAAUCAGCCACACCUUCCUAUACAGAUUUACAUAAAUGCCCUUCUAGUGGAGACCUGUAAGAACUCGGCUGUGAAAAGGCACCAAACUUAUCACUGAAAAAAAAGAAAAAAGCGAGCAACAUGCAGCGAGCCAGCAUUGUAGUUGCCACCUUGAUUCUUGCUUUCGGCAUUGAAUCCUCUUGGUCCCAGAGUGAUGCCCAGUGUACACAGCAAGGAGGGUACUGCCAAGAUGUUUCUUCACCUUGUAGUGGGUCCUACAUGAAAGGACUUUGUUCCGGACCUGCCAGUCGCCAGUGCUGCACUCAGGGGGGCGAUGUCAAGUGUACACAGCAAGGAGGAUACUGCCAAGAUGUUUCUUCACCUUGUAGUGGGUCCUACAUGAAAGGACUUUGUUCUGGCCCUGCCAGUCGCCAGUGCUGCACCCAGGGGGGCGAUGUGAAGUGUACACAGCAAGGAGGGUACUGCCAAGAUGUUUCUUCACCUUGUAGUGGCUCCUACAUGAAAGGACUUUGUUCUGGCCCUGCCAGUCGCCAGUGCUGCACCCAAGGGGGAGAUAUCAAGUGUACACAGCAAGGAGGGUACUGCCAAGAUGUUUCUUCACCUUGUAGUGGGUCCUACAUGAAAGGACUUUGUUCUGGCCCUGCAAGCCGUCAGUGCUGCACCCAAGGGGCCGAUGUCAAGUGUACACAGCAAGGAGGGCGCUGCCAGGAUGUUUCCACAUCUUGUAGUGGGUCCUACAUGAAAGGGUUUUGUUCUGGCCCUGCCAGUCGCCAGUGCUGCACCCAAGGGGGCGAUGUCAAGUGUACACAGCAAGGAGGGUACUGUCAAGAUAUUUCUUCACCUUGUAGUGGGUCCUACAUGAAAGGACUUUGUUCUGGCCCUGCAAGCCGUCAGUGCUGCAGUCAAGGGGGCGAUGUCAAGUGUACACAGCAAGGAGGGCGCUGCCAGGAUGUUUCCACAUCUUGUAGUGGGUCCUACAUGAAAGGGCUUUGUUCUGGCCCUGCCAGUCGCCAGUGCUGCACCCAAGGGGGCGAUGUCAAGUGUACACAGCAAGGAGGGUACUGCCAAGAUGUUUCCACAUCUUGUAGUGGGUUCUACAUGAAAGGGCUUUGUUCUGGCCCUGCAAGCCGUCAGUGCUGCACCCAACAAAAAUCAGAAUUUGGCCCCCUGUGUAGUGGAUACAAUUCCAACAUUCCAAGGACCUGUGACAGUUGGGGCUGUGGACAAUACGGAGCAAGCCGAGGCAAUGGCCGUAAACACGGUGGAGUAGAUAUUAAAUGUGGAGAUGGUUCGACUGUUUAUGCCCCUUUUGAUGCAACACUUACUGGCCAAGCUCGACCCUACGGAAAUGGAAAUGCAAUUGAUAAUGGAGUUGGUUUAUCAGGGCAAGGUCUGUGUGUGAAACUGUUCUACCUGAAGCCAUACAAAUACACGGGUAGUGUCAAAAAGGGACAAGCAAUUGGAACAUUGCUGCCAAUGCAAAAGGUGUACCCAGGUAUCACCUCUCACAUUCAUGUGCAGAUGUGCGAUAGGUCUGAUCCCACAAAAUAUCUUUAAGCAUUUCUCCUCUCAUCUAGCUUCUCUCUGUCAAAUCAUAUUAUUGACAGCCUAAUGAGUAAACUCUGGAAUCUUAAGUAUUCAUUAUACUGGAAAAUUAAUUUAAAGCAGAUUAAAACUGAUUUUACACAAGCUUUGGAGGCAUUCUUGAUAAGGCACCAUCCCAAAUGAAAGAAACUAUCUGUAAAAGUUUAUUAAAAAUCUUCAACCUAAUUGUAAACUGUUAUUAUAAAAAAUAGAGACCAUUUGGCCAGUAUUUGCUAACUCAAUACAGGUAUAUAGUGAAGGAAGUAAACAUUUUUAUAGGAAUUCAUUAUUUUUAAAAAUUCUUACCAGUAUGUCAAAGCCUUUAAACUAAACAAGGAAGCUUGUACUUGUGGGCACCUUCUAAGCUCAGCUAUACUGUAUUGUACUGCUUCUAGUAACAUACUGUAUUUUGAAACUGGUUAUUCAUGGGACCUACAAAACAAUCACCAUUGCAGACUGGCCUAAGUUAAUGCAAAGUAGAGCUUUAGAUUUUAUGAGUGAUUUGCUUGCAGAUAUGUUCAAUGAAAUUUACAAAAAAUGUAAAUCUUAAUUAUUCAUCUUGCAAUUAACAUUUUCAAAUAAAAAUACUGUUGCAUGCAA